CAGCCUAUACGGACCACAGAUCUCUUGAGUGGAUGGUUGAGCAAAAAGUCAACAACAAGAAGAAGAAAAAAAGGCGCACACGAAAAGAACACGUAAUCACACCGGUGAAUAUUGAAAUCGCAGCAAAUCGAGCCGAGAAUUGUAUGUCUUGAAGAGAGGUAAACAUACCACAGCUCUUUUUCAACGAGACGAUUCACAGUGCAAAAGCGCGAUUAUUCGGUUUUACCAGUUCAACACUUUUCCUCUGGUCUCAGUUUGGUUUCGGUCUGUUUCUUCGACCAGCGAAGAAAGGCCCUAAGAGUCCAAUUUAGCAGCGGAAAAGAAGAGUGUGCGCGAACGACGACCGCAAAGGUGAAAGAUUGAAGCAAGUAGAAAUUUGCAUCUUGCGCGAAUCUGAAGAACGACGCCAUCGAAACGCUGUGCAGCUGUUUGAAUCGGAAAGAAGAUUCAACGGUACGAAGAAGCGUGAGUUCAUCCGACAAGAAUUUUUAUCCGGUUCCAUCGGGACACAGCUGUUUGAAAAGUAGAAGAAAACAACGAGAGUUUGACGUUGUUGCAAGCUAUUACGGAAGUUCUGUCUCGAUCCAGCGAGUAGAUAACUCAGCGAAGGGAAAAUUUGUCUGGUUCGAAACUGUUAGACUGGAAACGGUAGCCGAAGCAGCUCUCGCAGAUCUUGAUCUGGUGGACACGUUUAUUUUGUUCUGUGCUCGUGUUCGGUUUAUUAUUACCAUCGCGCGCGGUCUUUGGCCUGAGCUGCCUUUUGGAUCGAGCGAGGGUGAGAAAACGAGUGGAAGAAAGCAGUGUCAGUGGCAGGCAACUGUGAAGAUCUCACACGGAGUGCAGCCGGUUGGAACACAACCCAGAUCACCGCGCGAGAGAGGUUAACGAAACACGACCCGCGUGAAAAUCAAAGUUCGUGGGUUGUUGUUUUUUGGGGACAAAACAACAGUACCGAAAAGGGGGAAAUUGUGAAAAAAUUUGCAUUCGGAAAUUUGGAACACUCCCAGCUGAGUAAGAGCACCGGAAAGCAGAGCUAUAUAGGAAAUCAAGCUGUGACAGUGAACUUGAGAAGAGUUGAAGAGUCGUGAGCUUUUUUGCUUUGUUCUUCAUUUCGGAGAUUAUUACCCCAGGCAUCGAAGCGUGACGAAUCCGAUUACUCGCACCCUGUUGAGUACAAGAAGCGAACGAAAGCCGUCUAUCGAAUAAGAUUUAUCAAGAUUCCAAUCUUCACAGUCACCGCCUAACGGACAAUCUCGAAAGGUUCUGCCGAAGAACCGAUUGAACAGGUCACCCACUUCCCCGUGGUGGAAGCAAUUGGGAAACCAGUUCUAUCAGAAAACCGAUCACGAAAUUUCGGAACCCAACACGCACAGCACAAAAAGGCUUCGCAUAAUCAUUCCAAAAACGCACAACAGUGGAAAAAAAAAGUAGAUCUUUAGUAAGACAUGGAAGUGGCUGCAGCAGCAUCUUCGGCGGCAUCGUCCAGCGCAGCCGGUUCGGCACUGCGCGGCCCCUUUCAAAGGGAGGUACGUGAGUGGCAACAUGUCGAUCCAAAUACGGGAGCCCUGCUGACAGGCCGGCUCGAGGCGGAUCGCUGGGUCAACGGACCCUUGAACAGCUACGGGAAGAUGGUCUCACACAACCUGUCCUCGCCGGACGGUAACACCCAGCACACGCAAAAGAAGCAGAUGGAAAUCCUUCAAGCCCGGACCGCGUCCGGUUCGCUUCAGGUGGUCCGCGCCCAAACCGUACAGACAACCUCGUCACGCUGGUCCUCCUCCACACUGCAUUCCGAGAUCUGCAGCAACGGUGUCAGCAGCACUACUAGCAGCAGUUUUAGCAAUGGGCACACCGUUCCAGCAAUCACCGGCAGCAGUACACGAAACAGUAGUAGUAAUAGUAGUAGUAGCAGUCACAAAACAAGUGCACUAACGGCCAAUGGAUUCUCAUCGAGUCAUCACCUACAGCAACAGUUCCACCGAACACCGGUCAUAAAUUCCAGUAGAUUAUUGAACACAACAUCCACCACCAACAGCAUCCUACACAGUAAUUCUCUGCACCAGAGCCCUCAGCAGCUUACGCCAUCAGCCGCAAUGUCAUCUUCAGCUGCAUCCACGCUGCUAAAUGGGCAUGCGACGACUAGCUUUGGCAGCAGCAGACUAUUCAACGGCCAUCACGACGUGGGAGGACUUCGAAGCGACAGCUAUAAUGGCCACAACCACCGCCAACCGUUGGAUUGGUUCGAUAAAUUUAAAGAUAUCAGCGUGAAGGAGGAACCGGCCGACGCAGACAGCUUCCUGAUCCGUGGUAAAAGCGUUUCGAUCGAGGACCUAUCCACCGAACGUGACGAAACCAACUUCGAUGACGACGUCGAACCCACGCAGUGGAAGCGAGUCAGCAAAAUCCGACGCUCACUGCAAUUUCCAAGGAAAACCGCACCAAAAAUCAGUACCCGUCCAGCAGAUCUUCCGGAGAACUCGGUGAGCGUCCAGAAAAUUCGUCAAGAAUUAGAAAACGGUCGCCGUCUGAAUACAGCCAUGAGGAACAAUCACAUAGAUUUCGUGGCUCUGGAUAACAUCCUGAACAGCGUCUCGGAAACGCCUUCUCCGAAAAUGGAAGCACCUCGUACACCUACAACUCCCAAACCGAAUGCAGCUUCCUUCCUGACUGCAGAAUCGCUCAAAGAAAUUCGUGGAAAAUUGCGAAGAUUGAGCAACGAGUCUCUCUACCGGGACGAUAUGAGUCCAGGCGAUGAUCGCAAGGAAGAUGAUGAUUCGGUUACGAUCACUGAGAUGGAGACGAGAAUGGGUCAGCUAAAGACGAGUAGUUCGUCGGAUUCGUACAAGAGCAACAGUUUGGAGUCCAACAGGAAGGGCUCUACUGAUAGUAAUUCUGAAGAUUGGCACUCGAGAAGAAAAUCGUACGGAUUCGAACGGAUGAAUCAACCAUCCACUUUUAUGCCCAAAAUGGAUUCAUCGACCGACAGCGGUAUUGGUCGAUCGACGGAUCUAAGUUCUAGUUGGUCCAGUGGCGGUACGGAGAAUGUAUCUGUUCCAAGACGAACGAUCGUGACGCUGGGAGAGCAGCAAGAAAACCCGACAAGUUCUGCAAUGGUGAUUAAGAUCACAAACGAAGCACAGGAAAGUGUGAAGACAAGCUACCGAGAGGAAGAGGUUAAACGACACUCAAUCGCCGUUGAUGAAACGAGUUACGUACGUGACAGCUUGAAAACUAUGUUUGAGAAGAAGACUUCGGUUAGUGUGAACGGAUUUAGUCAGACGAUUAUCGAUGACUUGAGCCGAAACAAGAAAAAGGUUGAAUUCUGCAAGACGGAGGUUCACUUUACCGCAGAUUCCGGCCGAGUGAACAUAGUCGAAACCGAUGAGAAACCCCCACCGACGAACAACUUUCGCAGAAGGCGUAGAUCUUCAGGUGGAUCGAUAGGAUCUUCAUAUCUUCAGGCGAUAAGCUCUGGCGUUCCUGUGACUCAUUUUGGAGACCUGGAGAAGGGAGUUAACGAAGCAGACUUGAAGGAGAAUCCAGUGUAUACAGCACCUUCCGUAGUGACCACUACCGUGGGUCGUCCAGAACCUAGUCCCCGUAGAACCUUGACCACAUCAGAUGACAGUGAUGGUCAGUCCGCAGAUGAGAUCUCACUUCGCGGUAUUCUGAAGAACAAACCAGUUAAACCGAAACCGUACGUCUUGGGAGAGAACAUGGAGAACAGUGAAAGUCUGUGGGGAGUCAAACUACGACCGGUAUCUACGGAACUAAACUACUGGAAUGGAGAAUCCGACGAAAAACAUCAGUCUACGGAAGAGAAAGAGGUUGCAUCUAGUGGUAGCUUUUCCACAAAAAUCAACCUCACUCAACCAACUCAUACAGCCUGGAAAUCUGACGAGUCCUCUGAAUUGAUCCCGAAGUCUACGACGAAAAUUCUGAUAGAUAUGACGAAGAGUUCCAACCCCUCCGGACAAGAACGCAAUCAGCUCAAGUCCACGUCACUCAUAAUGCGCACGAUGCGUUCGGCAAAUCAGUUCGACGAAGCUAUGAAAAAAUUGGAAACUGCUCGUCGCGAGUCGCUGGACAGCAAUGGUGGCGAUGAACCGCGUUCGGCUUUCCAGUUGAUUUCAAGCACGAUUGCCAAGUCGAACUCUGCCAGCAGCAUCUACAAGGAUACCCCGAAGCUAAGGGUAGCCAAGUACGCUGCCUCCCUGGAUGGAGAUAUUGACGACGACGAACCUCGCUACCAAGGACCCAUCCCCGUGGCCAGACGAAGCUUCACCAGCGAAUCUCGGCUAUCGGACUUUGAAGCAUACAUUAGCAAGAAUAGCAUCCGACGAUCCAGCACUACGGAUGAGUUCUCAUCGGUCAGUAUGGUUUCGAGUGUUGCCUCCAAACCGGUGGCAGCGCCAAGGAUGAAAAAGCUCGGAUCGAGUGUACUGAGUCAUCAGCUCACGCAGCUGAAGCGGCUUUACGAUGCCGCCGAGCAGUACGACAGUGAUGAUAGCGCGAAGGCCGACGAAGAGGUUAAACUGUACUUGGGAAACCUGGCAGGGGGUGGCGUCGGUGAAGAGAAAGGAGGCAGCGAACUAUCCGGCAGCUGGAGCCGUAUCAAAGCUAAACGAAGCAUUCAAAAGUACCGCGAUCAGGACGUUAAAAUUACAGUCAACUCGACGUCAGAAUUCGAAAUUGUUAAACCUUCAACGAACGGAGUAACGACCACUACAAUCUCCAACGAAAAGCAGUCCAGAAGUAGCAACAUAAUGUCCAUUGCCCUGAAAAGUCCUACGCCAACGAAGAAACAUCCUACCCCUAGUCCAGUGAAAACUUCACAACCGCAACCGAUCGAACCGUCACAACCAGUGCUAUCGCCGCACUUUAAGCGACACAUUCCGAACGCUGUUAGUGACACGACGAACGGCACAGCACGAAACGAAGAACGGGCCUCACUUCGGCUGUCGUCCGGUGCACGACAGCUCCGUGAGCAUGAACUAUCGUUCUUCGGUGUCAACAGAAGGCAAGAAUCGACGAAAUCGUCGACUUCGACCGCGUCGAAUUCGACUAAGUCCGCAACGAAUACCACCUUCACCCGAUCGACGACCCUCACGUCGUCGUUCAUCAAACGCAACUCGAUCAACAUGAACCCUCUGUCGACGUCCACGUCUGCGGCUUCAACUUCAUCCAGCUCGACUACUAACCAAGCCAAACCGCAGACUACACCCGUAUCGGCAUGGCAGUUAACAAACGACAAACCCGACUUGCUUCGUCACAGUCAAAGGGUGGAUAGUGACGCUGUCAAGAAAACUACCAGUACCUCUUCUGCUUCGACCAGUCUGGGAACUAGCACUUCUACCAUGUCCUCCCUGGAUCCACACUACGAAAACCUAGUCAAACCUGUAACGACGGACCCGCUGGUUCCGGCGUACGAUCGCAAGCAAGAUUUGAAACGGGAUGAGCAAAUACUCGAAGAGCUAACUCGCGCCGCUGAUGAGAUUCUGAAUGUUGUCAACAACAUGUCGAAUGCUGAAAGCACAGAAAGCAUCCAGAGUAACGAACAGUUCCGCGUCAGUUCGGGUGGUGGCUCUGGAGUCACCUUGGGCACCAUUCGCGAGUGUUCGACGACAAACAAGAUUAUGAGGUCCCGCGGCGUACAGGUGUCAAAGAACUUUGACGACAGUCUGAAGCGGCAUCAACGAACCACCAGAGUGUCAUCUGCAUCGUCGAACGAGAGUCUCCCCCGACCAUCGCCACCCCGAACGACCACCAAUGCCACCGUCCGUUCCAGUCAGCUUGCGGAAUCUCGCACCAGUUCUAUGAACGGUAGCGGCCGUCGUAAGCUAACCAGUUCGGCAACCGAAUCACGUCGUCUGAUCCGUAUGUGCAGCAAGGAGCGUCUCCACCAGUCCAAUGCCAGUUCAUCGGAAGAUCUUCCAAAUGCAACGACCGUGGAGCCACCACGACGACCUCGGCGCACCCGGUAUCAUGGCAGCUCAGGAGAAAAGGACAAAGACAGUCCACGGCUGAGCGUUUCGAAGACAUCCACUGCCGAAAGCCGCCGAAGCGACGAACGGUUAUCGAGCCGGUCGCAUCGAAGCGAAAGAUCUUCUACCAGAACGAGUAAAGGUCACACCAGUGGGACCCUGACCUCCACCGGCGUCAUCCCGACAGCUGUCGAGCAGCAACAGCGCAUUCGCAGCAAAUCCGGGGCUUCCGUUCUGCAGACUACAUCAUCCAGGAAACACCACCGGUGAGAAUCAAUCAGCCAACAAAAGCCACUAAGAACUAAUAUCGAAACGAUUUUGUUCGCAAACUUCCUCAUUUUUUGCACAAUUACACGAACGGAACUAUACGGUAUACAACGCACGAUAUACAUAUAUAUUUAGACUAACACGGAUCUCGAACAUGGAAACAAACAUAUAUUUAAUCAACGAAAAAGAAAACCGGCGAUCGAUAGAUUGAAUACGAUCGAAUCCCGCAGAACGUAGAAACCGCUUAUAUAUUUUUUUAUCAUACAAAUGCAUGGAAACAUUUCGCUUGUGUUCCUAUUAUGGUUUGUUUCUUCAAUCUAAUAUUGUGUCUUUUGCUAAUUAUCUGAAUCGUAUUUAAGUUUGUCGAGCGAUGUGAGCCACUCUUGCGUUCGAAUACGGCUUGAACUAUUAUUAUUAUUUAAAAACAGAUCGCUUUCGCGUAAUCGCAAACGGUUUUACUUUCCGCUUUAACGCGCUACUAAUCUCACAGACAGACAGCUGAGCGCUGGACGGCAAGUUUCGAAUAGAGUUGAGCUUAAAGGUUUAUGUAUUAUUAAAACAGGAAGGUGUUUAUUAGUUACGAGACAGGGAAAAAAUGGCACAGUUUUUUGUUCGUUUGUUUUGCAGUAUACAUAAACAAUUUAACACUUUCUCGCUAUCAUACUUUACAGAACAAA